AUGCUCCGGCUCGCCCGAACACGCCACCGCGCUCUCUUUCUAUGGCAGCAGGGCCGCUACAUUAACGAUACAUCAUGCAUCGCGCAAUGCAAGUGUUACAGCAAGACUGUGAAGCCUCGUAGUACGUUUGCAGGCAACUCGAACUCAAGGUUUUAUGGGAUCUCAGGACUGUGUCCAACGUGGCAUCAAGCCACACAUGACCAUACAAAGAGCAAUUACAGUGCAGCAACUUUGGCAGCAGGAGCGUGCGGAGUCUUGGGAUGUAUGGAGGAACAGCACCCGGCAACUUGUGCCGCCACAAAAGGAUCUUCUGAUGAGGACCCUUUUGAAAAGAGCAAGAAAAAGAUGCAGGAGAUAUCGACUCUUGCUAUUGUGCAGCUUGUGGCGCUCUUUCCAGAUGAUGAUGGCAACGUAAAGAAGAAAGUGGACGCGUUUUUAGCUUCCGGAAAAGGUGGCCAAAUCUCGUGGGGCUUUUUUACGGGCGCGUGUGCAGGUUUUGCACUGAAGAAGGCGUCGAAAUUAGGAGUGGCGGCCAUUGGCGCGCUCUUCGUGUUAUUGCAGUGUGCGUGCUAUUCGGGGUAUGUGAACGUGGACGUUAAAAAGCUCAAACGUGACUUUGAACAGUAUGUGGGCAUCAACCAGGAUGGCGGGUUGGAUACCAAAGACGUGGACUACAUGUACAAGUCAGUCAUGGAGGCACUGGAGACCAGGCUGCCUGCUGGUAGCGGCUUUGCUGUAGGCUUUGUACUAGGAUUUCGUUCAGGAUAG